AUGUCUGUUGAACGCUUACGAUUAGCAGAUGAAGCUAUGCGUAUGGAAGAAUACAGCAAAGCACAUUCUAUGUACGAAGAUAUAGUAAACUUGUAUCGACAUGAAUUUAAUCGUCAUCAAAUAUCAAUAAUAAUUGCAUCUAUGGCUAAAUGUAGUAAUCAUUUACAAUAUUAUGAACGUGCAAUACAGGAGGCAACAUUAGCUCUUAAUGAAGAUGCUACAUGUGUUAUUGCAUUAAAACAACGAGCAACUUCAUUUUUUAAAUUAAAGAAUUAUGAACGUGCACAGAUUGAUAUUCAAGAUUCAAUAGCGCUUGCACGUAAAUAA